CCGACUCUUUUGCUUUGGACGUCGUGAUACAUGCCCACCAAUUGAGAUUGUGUCAUCCCACUUUAAGUCGCCUUGACUCGGAUACUCCGAAGAUGGCCCGGCCAAACAACAACAACAGUAACGAAACGUUCUACAACCAAACGCGCCAACCGAGAGGCAACUAUUGAUAAUCUCAUCGAAUGGGAGUUGCUGACUCAGAUGGAAAGGCCAGAAUACCGUUAAGGUAGCUAGAUCAUAUCUGCCCGGGCAGGAGUGAUCUCAUCUGUUAACAAUUCGACAGGCGCGUCUUGGUGCCGACUUGAAGGGCGCUCUCUUGAACCUUUCUCACUCUAUGACUGUUCACAUCUUCAUCAUUUACCAUCACUCGCUAUAAAAGUGUGAUUGCUUCCGACUCAGAAUGGCUCGCUAUCUCAACCCGGCCAAGAUUGGCCUUCUCGCUCUCAUAGAGCUCUAUGUUGAAGGAGCUGUCCCAAGUGAUGCUAUCCUUCCUGUGCUCUCCUUUGUCACCUCUCAUCUCAUGGAUCAUUUUUCACCAAAAUCAUCCGCCGACCAGUCCGAAAGAUGGAGCAAGGCAGAGAAAACCGUCAGCCUCGUCAUAAGCAUCAAAGAGUUUGAGAAGCUUCUUGGGAGCUACCCCUUUCUCAUGGGCAUGCCCGGACGGAGGUUAUGGGAUCAGUUCUUGGGCAAACUAUGGGAUAUCAACUCAUUGGAUGCACUGCACAACUUUUUCGACAAUCUAUCCGGUUUGUUGGCCAAAACCAAGGAGGAACGUAAGAGAUUGGCUGAGUUGGGCCAGCCAGUGGAAGAGGAAGAAGGCAUCAGGCUCUCUGCCAACUCUCCCUUUGGCGCUUUUGUGCGCAGAUCGCGUCUUGAGUACCAGCGAUUACGCUUCCACGACUGUACAGAGCUAUGGAAACAAUUUGUCCGAUAUCGACAACCAACAGCCCCUUAUCUCAAGCGCAAGGUUCCAGGCUUCGGACGGCUGAGUUUCGACAAUGUUCUCUUGGUGGGCGAGCAGGAAGAUUGGGACCUCAAGAACGUUAUGGACUUGGCCUCUGUGGCGUAUGGUGAUAUGCUCACGGGAGACCAAAGUGGAUCGCUUCCCGUGAGCACAGAUGACAUCGAGAGUCUCCUGGAGUUCCAAAUCGAGCAGAUGCAGAAAUUUGGAAACAGGAUACCCCUCGAAAUCCGUCAUCAGUUUCAUGAUCUACUCAACGACAGCUAUCUCAUUCCAAGUCUCACACACUAUCUCAAAUUCCUCGAUGCAUGGAGAGCUGGAGACUAUCCCACCGCAUUUGAUUAUUUGCACCGUUACUUUGACUACACCAUGCAGAACAGAGAUCGCCUGUUCUACCAAUACGCUUUGAUGAACUUGGCUGUUUUGCAAGCCGACUUCGGUUGUUACAAAGAAGCUGUAGCAGCCAUGCUUGAAACCGUGUCGACAGCGAGAGAGAACCGAGACAUGACUUGCCUCAACUUUGCCUUGAACUGGCUCUUCCACUUCGGCCGUGCCCAUCCUGAUCUCGUCCAGGAUUUGGAAUCGAAUAGCCUGCUCGGUACUGGCAAAGAAAGCUUGGCCUUUCUCCGUGUUAAGGCCAGAGAGACAGGCAUGUUCACGCUUUGGAGCUCGGUUCUCCUCAGCGAAGCAAAGCUCGGACUAUUGAACGGUGACAGCGUGGCUACGGCUUUUGAGUCGAUCGUGCGAAGCUCUCACAUCAUCGUAGAGAGGAAUAUGAACAACAUGUUUGGGACACACAUUUCACUCGCUUCAGCUCUCUGGGACAGGCUUGGCCUCUCGACCCUAUCGUCAGCAACCUGCGAGGUAUUCCUGAAAUGCCACGCCCGCAAUGCCAUUUUUGAUGAUGAACUGAAGUUGACUUGCCGACUCGCUCUACUACUCGCUUCAAGGGGAAAAUACGACGAUGCAAUGGCUAAAUUGGAAAGCCUGGAGGAUAACUCACUGAGAUCCUGGAAGCCCAGCCAGUACUGGCACAAGUGCCGAGGUGUCAUCAAGUUGAAAAGAGACUUACAUCACAACAAUCUCGAAGGAGCUGAACGGCUUCUAUCUCAGAUCCUCCAAUCAAAGAUGGAUGAUCUAGAACCUGACAUGGCGUUCUUGGUAGACACCCUCCACAUUGACUAUCUUACUCGUCGUGGAGAUCUUCAAGCAGCGUUUGCAAAAGUCGACAGCAUGAUGUCGCAGUUAGAAAAUGAGAAGAAGGACGUGGUACUCAAGGUCAAACUCUUACUCCUCAAAGCCUCUCUUCUUGAUAAGUGUGGCCGGCCGCAGAGAGGGUUCACGACAGCAAUGCGGGCAGCGAGCAUAUCGUGGGGAGCUCGUCUGAUACCCUGCCUCUGGCAAGCCAUCGGCUGCGUGUCGAAUAUUCUGGUCUCUUUGAAGGAAUUUGAAGCAGCCUCUCAGCUCUUGUUGGCUAUCUUACCCCGUUCUCUCGAGUGCGAGACUGAGAGUCUGACAGCCCAGCUCUACAGCUACCUCGCUGACGCCAACAUGGGACUUGCUGGUAAAUGCGAACCCAAGUCAGCCAAACGAUCGGAAUACAUGACGAAAGCUCUCGCGGCAGUGCAAAAGUCUUUUGAUCAUUACUCAAGUGUCGAGGACAUGAACAUGCAAUGCCAAAUGAUGGCAAAGAAGGCGAUGAUCAUGAAGCUGACUGGGGAUAUGGUUCUGGCUGCAGAUUACGCUGCAGCGUAUGUGUCAUUGCGAAAAACUGCUGAAUCACUCAGUCUUGACGGGUAGGCAUUGGUAAUGGCAAAUUUGAAUCAUUGGCAUUGCUUGAAACGACAUAUGGGAGUUCAUUAUACCGUUUAUUUAUACAGAGACGGGUAGUCUCUCAACCCGUCCUAGAGAGGAUUUAUAUCCAAGAACAUGAAACUUUACGAAUACCCACGCAAUCAUGCUGCAUGCCCCAUGUGACACUAAUAAUGCUUG